AUGUUAAAAAUCACUUUAAUAUUAAUCUCUGCAGUUACAGUAUUCACUAUCUUUCUCUAAUAGUCCUAAGCUUAUUCACUUGAACAUAAAUUCUUAUAAAGAUAACUUGAUAAUGACGAGAAAGGAUCUAAUGCAUCAAACAGUACGGGAAUAGUGAUAACAACUCAAAACGGAGAUAGUACAAGUGAUAACUCAACAGAAAAUGGAACUGGCAAUGGAAAUAGCAGUGAGAGUUACAAUAAUGAUACUAACGGCGGUAACUCCUCAAAUAAUUAAUCCUAAAGUACCAAUAAACCACCUAAAAAACUAUCAAAGAAAGAAUUCUAUGAAAAGUUUUUAAGUGAUAACAACUAUACUGACUUUGUCGAAAAGAAAUAGAAGAAGAGAGAUCAGAUAAAAGAAGAAAUCAGAAUUAAGGAGGAAAAAGAAAAAAAUAAGACUAAAAAUCAAAACAAUAACGGCAAUAGCAAUAACUCAUCUAACAAUGGUCAAAAUGAUAAGAAUGAAACAGAUAAUAAAGAUAACAAAACAGAGGGUAAUAAUAAUAAUCAAGAUGAUAAUGAUAAGAAGAACAAGACUAAUAACUCCUCUAAUGGUGAUGAUAACUCUAAUGGAAAUGGUAAGGAUAAAGAUAAGGAUAAAAAUGAAACUUCUAAUGGAAAUAAUGGCAAAUCUGAAAAUGAUAAGGAGAAUAAUGGGAAGAACAAAAGAUACUUACAAGAUAGCAGCUCGGAUAAUUAAACGUCAUCUUCUAAUAAUAACACUGACUCAGCAAAUUCUACUAAUUCAACCUCCAAUAGUAAUGACACCUAGCAGCAAUAAAAUGAAACACAAUAACUUAUUGAUGAAUUAAUCACUUUCUAUACAAAACUUAAUUCAGCACACAAAGACUAUUACGGAGUGGAUUUGCUUAGGAACACAAAUUUGAAGGAUGGCAACCAAAUAUUUACAUUAUUUCUUUCGGGGGGAUUAUCAAGUAUUGAAGAGAUAUAAACCACUGAUGAUACAAUGAGUUCCUCAUCGUCGUCAUCAAGUCUUUAUGAUACAAAUAGAUAACUGUAUUUCUUCCUAGUUGUAGGUGUACCUCUUACAUCUCUCUUUUUGAUAUUCUUGGGGGCUAUAAUCUUCUUUAAAUUCCUUAUGAUAAGAUAAAUUUAGAAAGAUGGAACCACUAAAUGGGUAAUUAGAAAGGAUGGAUGCAAGAAAAAGAAGAAUUUGUUUAAUGACUUCGAAAGAGUAAACCACUCCUAGAACACUUAAAGGUCAACUAAUGUAUAAGAUGUAACUUUAUAAGACUUUAACUCAGUGACAUCAACUCAACCUAUCAAUGCUUUCUAGAAGACUCUGGAUAUGACAAUGGGUACAACUGCGAAUCUCAAUUCAAGCAGUCAAAUAUAGUACCAUAAGUAAUAACCUAAGUUAACUUUUCAUUAAAAGGGUCAGUCAUCUCACAGUGAUCUGAAGUCUGAAAUAUCAUCAGUUGAAUAUAAGACUGGAAAUACUAAGUAAGGGGAUGAUAUUGUUCUCAUCUGA